CAGCAUUUUUUAGAGUGCAUGCUUGUGUUAGAAGCCUGACCUGACUGUUUUUGUUUUUUUGGCAGAUGGCCUUCAGCGACAGUUGCUACUUACCCGUGAGGAGCUGGACUUUUCGAUGAUGCAGAGACCGAUCAUCCCUGACCUUUCCAAAGUGAUGGUUGCAGGCUCUUCAGACAUGACCCAGAGAGAAGACACAAACUUUCACCCAGAGAAUGUCCCAAUAGAUCACCCAAUGUUUGGCCCUCGCUCCAUAGGACCCAGGAUGGGACCAGAGGUUGAUUUCCCCCCAGCCUUUCCAAAUAAAGGCAACCUGGAAGAUAUCUGUCAGUUCAGUAAAACUCCGGUCCGGUACCCUAAGGACAUGUUUCCUCAGGAUGGCUUUGGCCAUGAGUAUCGACAGGCUGAUGCUAUCAAUAAACUCCAGUCCUGGUACGGUGUCUGCUGUGGCAUUUAUGGAACACAGGAAGAGCAAAUCUGUUGUGCUGAACAAGCGUGGAAGAAGAGUCUGGCUGCCUACUGUUUUCAAGAAUUCACUAUUAAGACCAGUCACUACUUCUGCUGCAAGAAGAGCAGGAAGGCCAGAUGGAGCUGUUUUGAUAAAGAGGCUUCAGGCUUCCCACCUGGCCGUCCUGAUUCCUCCAACAUAGCACAUAUCUGUGCUCAUCACAAGAUCCGACCACGAUACAUGCCCAAGUGUCUUCCUCGCACUGGCUAUGGCUGGCUGAUCCGUCAGUCGAAGGCCAUCAAUGUCCUGGAGAGAGAAUAUAACCAGUGCUGUGAGGAGAAAAAGGGCGAGCACUCUUCAGCUGUGCUGAAAAGAAGGUGA